AUGGAGCUGUUAUCUGGCGCUGAUAUUCAAUUCACUCGCUCGAAUAGACUCGAUAUUGCUUUAUCACGCAAUCACAAUUUGGCUCUCGUCUUCUUACCUGCAUCUGACAUUCCCCGCUUUGUCGGUGAGGGCAAUGUCGCUCUCGGUAUCACCGGCCAAGACAUGAUCGCUGAAGCCAACGUAGAGAACCUCGUCACUGAAGUUCUUCCUCUCGGCUUCGGUAAGUGUAAUUUGCAGAUCCAAACUCCUGAGAGAGGUCCUCUCCAAUCACUUGCUGAUCUUGCUGGCAAAACUAUUGGUACCUCGUUUGACCUCCUCGCUGGGAAAUUUUUCGCUUCUCAAGAUGCACAGAGAGGGGAUGGAAAGGAGACCAAGGUGGAGUACCUCGAUGGUAGCGUAGAAGCAGCGUGCACGCUCGGUGUCGCUGAUGCCAUUGUCGAUCUGGUGGAGAGUGGUGAAACAAUGCGCGCUGCUGGAUUGCACGCUAUCCACACUCUCAUGUCUUCCGAGGCUGUACUCAUCCAGUCUAACAAGAAGGUACAGAACAAUGCGCAUGAGUUGCUCAUCAAGAAAAUUCUCUCGCGUAUCAAAGGUGUUAUGGCUGCCGGUAGAUAUGUACUAUGCAACUACAACAUUGAGCGUAAGCAUCUCGAAUCUGCUAUCACUUAUACUCCAGGUAGAAGAGCACCCACUGUGAGCCCACUCGAGGACGACGGCUGGGUUGCUGUGUCUUCGAUGGUCGAGAGGAAGCACCUGGCCGAAUCGAUGGAUGGCUUAGAAAACAGCGGUGCACACGACAUUCUCGUCAUUGCCCUCGACAAUUGUAGAGUUUGA